AUGACUCUAGCCAUCGAAACGAAUCACUUGUCGUAUUCAUUCGGUAACCGCAUUGGUCUCGAUGACAUCACCCUCAAGAUCCCCUGGGGUACAACAACGUUACUUGUGGGCCCCAAUGGCGCCGGCAAAAGUACACUUCUUAAGAUCCUUGCUGGCAAAACCCUUAUCCCUCAGAAUAAGCUUUUGAUUGAUGGGUGUGACCCGUUCGACCUUAAAGCCAUCAAUACAAAUACAUCGAUCACUUAUCUCGGUACAGAAUGGGCGGCAAAUUCAGUAAUAAAGCGCGAUAUUCCGGUGCUGGAGUUGAUUGAUCUGGUGGGGGGCGACACCUACCCUGAACGUCGAGAACGUCUCAUGAAGAUCAUGGACGUAGACACGCGGUGGCUGAUGCUUCGGAUCAGUGAUGGCGAACGACGCCGGGUACAGAUCGUCAUGGGCCUUAUCAAGCCAUGGCGUUUACUUUUGUUGGACGAAGUUACAGUUGACUUGGACGUCGUCGUGCGCCAAGGUCUUUUGAAAUACCUUAAAGAUGAAUGCCGUGAGCGCCAGUGUUCGGUAGUGUACGCUACCCAUAUCUUUGAUGGACUUGGGCGUCAGUGGUGCGAUCGAUUACUUCAUAUUGUUGAAGGUACCAUUCGUGAUGAUAUUGACAUGUCUACAGUGACUUUCACUCUUGACAAGCUCGAUCUCACUGAUUCUCGGCACUUACAGAUUCCUUACUCCGAAAGUAUUCACCCAUUGGCGCUUAAUUGGCUUAAGAAAGAUUUGAGUGAAAGGGGUACUCGUGACGACGCUGAUGCCCGUCUUCAAGAACGUAAUCGCUUUUGGUUCAACCAAUACGAUGCCUAA